AUGGAUCUCCCGCCGCUGUCCAGCGAUACACCGAUUGGUCUGGUCGACGACGCCCUCUUCAAAGACCUCGAGAAAGCCAUCGAAAUCAUGGUUGGUGUUGCCGUCAAAUCUCGCCUCGAUGAUAAUACUGAUUGGAUAACGCUCGAUCGACACCCCGAUUGGAAUGAAUCUGUCUUCUGGUGCGGCAUAGAGGAAAAACAUCAAGAUGAAGAUUGCAGUAAGAGAAUUGAAUCGGAAUGCAAAGCCUACCCAACUGUCAAGCCCAACGCCACGCUUUCCCCCUGUCCUCAUGCAACUGACGAGUUAAGCGAAAGCGUUGAGCACAAAUGUUUUUGCUUUCAAAUCGACGAUACAAUGAAGCUCUUCCAUGGGCAUUUCCUCCGUCCCCGCAUUGAGGCUGUUCUCUCACCUGGGCACACGUUCCCUCAAGGUGACCCAGCGAAGGAGCUGAAUUCCAUGCAAACGAAUUCCCUCGAGCACAUUGUCAAUAUCUACAACGGGCGUGUCCACAAGUCCCUGUUAUGGGCAACUACUGACCAGAAAUGCGCAGCACUAGCCCGAUUUGUGACGGAUAUGCGGCGAGAAGAGAUUGUGAGUGUAGCAGAUACAAUGCCCAUUCGUAUUCCUUGGCAUAUCGAGCGAGUUCAUGCGAUCCUGAGAUGGCACAGAAGAUCUGUGGACGAUUGCAUCAGAGAACUGAAGAUUGCAAUGGAGCGAGCUAGUCGCCACCAAAUGUCUGACUAUAAGCCAUUGGCUGCAUUAAUCGUUGAGGGAGAGGUUAACUUUGACGAAUAUGGACUAUGA